AUGCCUCAAGUGUUUUCUCUGUCGAAAUUGCAGAAUAACACGGCUUCCAUCACACCAUCAUCAGGAUCCUCGCAAAAUUCAAUGCUAUUCCAUCAACUGUUUGGAAAACAUGGAAAUGUACGACGGGUUGUACUAGGAGUUCUUUUUAUAUGUAUGAUCGCCAUGUUCUUCUUUCAGAUCCGAUUUUUGAUUUCCCGAACCGGUCCGAAUAUAACAUCAUCAAACACGAAUAACGAUAUGGAACAGAACCCACAACAGCAAGAUGCAGAUGGAAAACUUGUAUUACAACCACCAUCCAACCACAAACAAAUAGUGAAACAACAAGAGCUACCACCACCACGACAACAAGCUGGACGCAUCAACAACAACAAUCAUAAUUACAUUGAUGAAUCACUCGCGUCUUCAAGUCAUAUCAUAGCAACAAAUCCGUUGGAAAUCAAAUUAGAAUCGUAUGGAGAUUUUUUCAUGGACGAUAAACAUCAUUCUAUUUUGACAGAAUUGGAAGAGAAAGGAAUGGCAUAUUUGGGAGUCGUCAUGCCCACCAUUCCGAGAACGAGAGGAGCAAAACAAGGACUUUCAGUGGAUUAUUUCACGCCGACUCUCCAGUCCUACGAUGCAGAAUUGAAGAGAAAUAAUUUUUUGAGUCGACUCGUCACAAUGUACAUUGCAAACAUGAGACCCAAUGAACGGAAUGAAAUCUAUGAAAAAGCAAAGAGCACCUACUCUCAAAAGAAGUACGAAUCACAGAAAAAUGUUUGGAAUUUUGUGGAUAUUGAUACUAAUGCCAAAGUUUAUCGUCCAAAAGACGGAGCUUCUGUCAUUCCUGCAAGUACUGUGAGACAAACAUCAGAUUUUAUCCAUCUAAUUAGGAAUGUUCACAAAAAGAGCAAAUAUCUACUAAUUGUGGAAGAUGAUUUUUUGGUUUGUGAAUUGACUCUCACAACACUUAUUCAUAUUAUUCACAAAGCAAAUGCUAGAUUCGGAAAAGAUGGAUGGGCUGCUAUUCGUGUUUCAAGCGGAUUAAACGGAAUUAUUAUGAGAAAUGACAAUAAUGAUAUUUCCACGUUUGCUGAUCAUUUAGAGCGAAGAAUUGGAAAACGACCACCAGAUCACAUUUUUGCAGAGUUUUGUGCAAGAGAAACUCCAGAAUCCUUGGCAUAUUUUGGAAAUAGAUUCAUGACUGCAUACAAGUAUAAUUUAUUGUCACAUUUGGGUCGAAUUAGCACAUUGCGAGACAAUGCCCACUAUGACAUGCCUCAAUGUUGGGAAACUUUGGUUCAUCCUGUUUCGUUUGAGGUUGAAGCAUUCAAUCCAAAACAGUGCCCAACCGAUGAUCUAUGGCCUUGUGUGGAAUAUCCUGAACGAAUCAAAUCCAAAACGGCCCCAGAAAUACCAAUCAAUAAUGUCAACGAUCAAUAUCCAGCACUGAAACCAAUGAAAUUUAAGAGUGACAACAAUAAUCCACUGGGGUUGAGCUAA